UGAAGGAGAGCCGCACUGCACACUGAUGACAAGCCUGGACGGGGCGAGGCGGCGAUCCCAGUGUGGCCCUCAUCCAUCAUCGCUAUGGGAAUUACCACAGCGUUCUUUCUGAACCAAGCCCUGAUCCCGUACUAUCUGAAACCGGUCCACCUGGAGACACGGACUAUAAAACACUGCAGUUGAGAGUGUCGCUGCACCAGAGCCCGGCUCAGCUUCUCUCCUCCUGUAAACUGAGGAGGAGGAUGAUGAUGAUCUAGGAGAUGAGAAGUGUUUCUCCAGCAGACAACUUGGACAAGGACGUUUGCUCGACCCUCAUCUGUGUUUUCUAAACCAGGACGAUGCCUGCCAUGUGUGUGUCCGCAGUGCUCUUAUAUACAGUGUUGGCUCAGCUGGUCUCAGCCCGCGUUUUGACCACAAACAGCCCAGCUGACCAGGCUGUCCUCUCUCCCCGCCGUUAUCAGCACACUGACCCCGACUCAGGCACCCAGCUGGAUUGCGACAAGUGCCCGGCAGGCACCUACGUGUCAGUCCACUGCUCCCUGGCAGCUGUGAGGGAGUGCAGCCCCUGCCCUGAAGGAACCUUCACACGGGGCGAGAACGGGGUCCAGCAAUGCCAUCGCUGUCGGCCUCCGUGUCCUGCGGGCUUCAUUGAGAAAGCGCCCUGCACAGCCACCCAGGACCGCAUCUGCACAUGUCCCCCCAACACCUUCUUGUCUGAGGCUGGUGGCACAGAGUGUAAGCCCCACUCACUGUGCCCUCCGGGGACCAGGGUGAAAAAGCGGGGCACUCAAACAGAAGACGUGUUCUGUAGGCCGUGCACUAAGGGGACUUUCUCAGGCGUGAAGUCAAAUGAGAUGAAGUGCCGAACCCACACAAACUGCCAAGCUCAGGGGCUGGUGUUGCUCACACCAGGGACUAAAGAUUCGGAUAAUGUCUGUGGACCUGCAUCUACAGUCUCCUCUUCAUCUUCAUCUGUCUCCAUAACCACCCUACUGGUGCCUGCACAGGCUGUGCAUCUACAGGAACCCAUGACUUCUUCAUCUUCCCCAUCAUUAUCACUGACUGAACCUGCACAUAAAGACACCUUCAGCCAGUCAGCAGCCAUUCAACUGAAGGGUAACCCGGGUGGGAAAGACCACCAUGUAGAGGGGGUACUCCUCAGCCAGUCCGGCUCUCCUACCCCGCCAAAUCUUUAUCCCUCUAGGACUUCACCGCUUCCAGCUCGCAAGCAACUGAUGGACCAUGAGUACCAACAGGGGCAGCCCAAUUCUGACCCUGUGCCAGGCCCCAGCAAGAGGGCAAUGGAGGGUCUGGAGAGUGCAGAGAUAGUCAGGGUUGGGACGGGUGUCAGCAAGGUCGCCGGGCAGGGAAGCGGAAGUGGUGGAGGUGGGGUAUCCAGCUACUACAGGCCCACUCGCAGGGGAUCCCCAAGACCCAGCACCCAUAAUGACUUUGACAUCAAUGAGCACCUCCCCUGGAUGAUAGUGCUGCUGCUCCUGCUGGUAUUAGUGGUGAUUGUGAUCUGCAGUGUGAAGCGGAGCUCUCGUGUGCUGAAGAAGGGUCCCAUGCAGGACCCUAGCAGCAUCAUGGAGAAGGCAAUUCAGAAGAAACCAUCAGCGCCUCCAAAGCAGGUCAAAGAGAAGUGGAUCUACUACUCCAACGGACAGGGGGUGGAUAUCCUGAAAUUGGUGGCAGCACAGGUGGGCACCCAGUGGAUCGACAUCUAUCAGUCGUUGGCCAAUGCCACAGAGAGGGAGGUGGCCGCCUUCUCCAAUGGCUACUCAUCAGAUCAUGAGCGGGCAUAUGCCGCGCUGCAACACUGGACUAUCCGGGACAGCGACGCCAACCUAGCCAAGCUGAUCAACGCCCUGCACCGACAGCGUCGCAUUGACGUGGUGGAGAAGAUCCGCUGUGUCAUGGAGGACAACCCACAGUUUGACAUCAACCAGCUGAUGACAUUGGUGAAUGUAAGCCAAAGCCUCAGUCCCAUCCACAAGCCGCUCGAGUCUCCCAGCAGCACUGGCACCGGCAGCAACAACAGCAGCGGUGGUAGCGUGGGUGGGGCUAGCGGUGUGGGUGUGGAGCAGUCGCCUGUGGACCGCACCAAAGGCUUCUUUCCCGACGAAUCGGAGCCUCUGCUUCGCUGCGACUCCACCUCCAGCAAAGACUCCGCCCUCAGCAGGAACGGCUCGUUCAUUACCAAAGAAAAGAAAGAUACUGUGCUCCGCCAAGUGCGCCUGGACCCGUGUGACCUACAGCCCAUCUUCGACGACAUGCUGCACAUCCUGAACCCAGAGGAGCUCCACAUCAUCGAGGAAAUCCCAGCUGCCGAGGACAAGCUAGACCGUUUAUUUGAGAUAGCAGGAGUCAAAAGUCAGGAGGCCAGCCAGACACUGCUGGACUCGGUCUAUAGCCACCUCCCUGACCUGUUAUAGUGGAGGAAGGAGCAAGAAACCACACAAAUGAGAAUCGGCACAGGAAAACAAAGGAAUGUCUCAGUAGGAGGAAUGAAUCUGAUAAAUGAAGUUUGGGUUGGUAUUUGAUCUGAUUGUCACACAAUUUGAGCUUGGUGUUGUAGAUAAGGUCCUCUUUCAAAUCUUUACUGGUACUACCCUUCAACCUUCUCAAUCCUCUUCUGUUGUCUUGUGUGCACACACUAUUACUCCUUGAAAACACCUUCAUCCUCUACCAUGAUACAGGGUCAAAGCUCAAUGUAACUGAAGCAUUCUGAGUGUCACAACAAGGACUUUUUUCUUUUCACUUUACCUAAGUAUGUUGAGCCUUGUUUAAAGUGGUUUUAGGUGAGCAUUGUGACCUUAACAAACAAAAAAAGCUGGUCUGUUGAAAAGCUGACUACAUAUAAAAACACAAAAAGCACUUUGUUUAUCUUAACUGGCCUAUGCCUUCACCUUCAAAGGAUAAUACCGGCGUUUUUUGCUGGUUGUGCCAUUCAUACAGGCUUCCCUUGCCUUUAACAUCAUGUCAGUGUUCAAACAAAACUCAUUUCACAUGGUGGUUGUUGCUAAAUCAUUGCAAGAAAAGAAACUACUUAAGACGAGAUAGUAAAUAAGCUGUAACUCGAAAUGACACUGGUAUUAUUCUUGGGGUUUUGAAUGGUUCAAGGUCCUUGUAAACCACAUUCACAGGUAUUUAGCCCAGGUGUGAACUGACCCACAAGUCAUGUGCCUGAUUUUGUUAUAUGUCCCCUUUUCUUCCCCUUCUUGCCCUUCUUGGCCCUUCCACACCUUCUAGUUGCUUGUACCUGGAGCAGACCAUCUGUGGGUCUCGUAACCACUUAACCAGACCAGCAGGGGGCAGUGUAAUAUGAGAGGGCUGUCCAGCUGGAACCAAAGCCAUAUAUCAAAAAUACUGGAUUAAACAUCAAAAUGAUCCAAUAUUACAGUAUAUAUCAUGAUAUAUGGCUUUGUUUUUGAACUGUUUGCUUUUGGACACAGGUUCCAAAAGGGAAAAUGAACUGAACAGGAAGGGUGCAGCAUUUACCUGCCUGCUUAUCUGGAACCAAAGCCAUAUAUCUAAAACAGUUUAGAUACGUUGCUUUGGAUGCUCUUUCACUGCUGGACUCAUGGACAGUAUACAACAACAGGUAUUACUUUUACCAGUACGCACAUUCAGAUCUCUGCUAGCUAAACCCUGUCUCGCCUUAACAAAUGUAGCGUUGAUAAAGUGUUCCUGAUACAUUUUGGAGCUUCAUGUCGGUGUGGUGGGCGUCUGAGUGUUUCAGUGCUAUAGUAAUACUAAUAGACUACAAGUGAUUUUCUUUCAUGCAGUGUUGCGCUCUCUGUGGUUGAUAUUAAAAUGUAAUAAUGAUGCACUAAUCUUAUUUUCUAUUGGAGAGACAGACAUGUAUUGUGUCCUUCAUUUCCUCUUUCUUCUACCCUGAAAUGCUGUUAACUAAUAUUUGAUUUUUUUGUUAUGUUUUCUACUUUUAGUCUGAUUUAUUAUGUUAUUGUAGCAUUUCUUUGUUAUCAUUUUGAAUUCUUUGUAUCUCAUGCUGACAUGGGCAUUCACAUGUAUCCCCCCACCCCUUUGCGAGACAAGAUGACCUGGCUGGGAUGUAAGAUAUGCAUAUUCCAUACUCUACUUGAAGUCUGUCUACUUGUGUUACUUGAUUUAAAUGAGGAAGAAAUAAUGUACUCUUUCAGUUCCUUCCAAGUUCAACAUUCUUAAAAAUAAUAAUAGAACUGAAAAGAACCACCAAAAACUCAUCCACGUUCGAAGAGGAUUUUGCAGGCGCCAUGAGAGCACCAAGUGAUGUACUAUCAAAGCUUCAGUGGUGCUAGAUGUGAACUCUCACCAGUUGGCCUGACACAGGGGGUCUUAACCUCCGGAUUAAUGACUAUUUAAAGAAUUCCAGACUGAGUGAAGAAGAGGGUUGUGCUGCUGUGGAUUGUUGGAUGUCUAUAGUGCUGAUGAUGAUGAUGAUGAUGAUGAUGAUGAUGAUGAUGGUGAUAAGAAUGUGUGAGCCUACUCUCCACGAUGCUGUGGGGACUUAAACUGAAGGGUGUUUGCUUUUUAUUUUCUAAGGAAGUCUGAAAGGAUGAAGGUGAGAUGUGAAACGUACAUGCGGCUUGAGUGGAUGAUUUCAUCAAAUUUCACGUGUGUAACCAGUAUGUUUACUACUAUGUAACCUCUUAAAAUCAACCAAUUAAAGCUCAAAACAUUUGUCAUAA